UAUAGCACUGUCCAGCCCAUCAAAUUACAGACUUUAUUGUCUAUUGUCAGUGGGUUUUUGAAGGGGACAGUCAUGUCCCAACUCCUGUCGCAGUGCUUGCGCAUGCGCACACAUCCUCGCCCAGCCGCGCCGAACGCGGCCGAAGAAAGCCGAUGCGAAACGGUCGGCGGCGCACUAUUUGGCAGGAAGGCUUCGCGCACGGCGCCAGGCAGCGGAGCACUAUAUGGCAGCGGAGGAGGGGAGGGCUAGAGCUCGGCCGCAUUCGGGGCCGCCUGCGCUCAUCAAACGCUGCUCAUUGAACACACAGUGAGGCAGAGCUGGAGUGGAAAUAUUUUUUAUGCCGCAAUAUGCGUGAAUUUCUAAAAUAAACCCGGGGUUGCUGGAGCCCUUCUGAGGGAGGUCUGGAUCAGUACCCAUCUGCGCGGGCCCUGAGAGGGCGACCCGUCAGACGGGCAUCGGGCGAGCACGUUACAUGCCAGCGUUUCUUCUUUUAUUUUGACUGCCCCCUUUAGGCUGAAUCCCUUCUCCCCUGAUACUCUUUCAUUCAUCAGAAAGAGUAGAGGAUAUUUUGACCCUAGUGCGGCAGCCGGGCUGCUCCCCCACACACAGAUGAAUGAAGACCCCAUUCGGGAAGAACGCGGCCCAGAGAUCCAGAGCUGAUGCAGGGCAUGCUGGUGUCUCUGCAAAUAUGAUGAAGAAAAAGAAUUCUCAUAAGAAACACAAAAGCAGCGUAGGCCCCACCAAAGCAGUGGCUCAGCCGCGGAGGAACAUCGUGGGCUGUCGUAUCCAGCACAUCUGGAAGGAGGGCAGCGGCGCGGCGUCGCAGUGGAAAGGCACCGUUUUAGACCAGGUGCCUGUCAACCCCUCGCUCUACCUGAUCAAAUACGACGGCUUCGACUGCGUCUACGGCCUGGAGCUGCAUAAAGACGAGAGGGUGCAGGGACUCGAGGUCCUGCCAGACAGACUCGCCACGACGCGCAUCAGCGAUGCUCACCUGGCCGACACCAUGAUCGGCAAAGCCGUGGAGCACAUGUUCGAGACGGAGGACGGCACUAAGAACGAGUGGAGGGGAAUGGUUCUGGCUCGGGCGCCCAUCAUGAACACGUGGUUCUACAUCACGUACGAGAAAGACCCGGUGCUCUACAUGUAUCAGCUGCUCGAUGACUAUAAAGACGGAGAUCUGAGGAUCAUGCCAGACUCCAACGACUCGCCCCCGGCGGAGCGUGAGCCUGGAGAGGUAGUGGACAGCCUCGUGGGGAAGCAGGUGGAAUACGCCAAAGAGGACGGCUCUAAACGAACUGGCAUGGUUAUCCAUCAGGUGGAGGCCAAGCCCUCCGUCUACUUCAUCAAGUUUGAUGACGACUUUCACAUUUACGUCUAUGACCUGGUGAAAACCUCGUAAGGCGCAGCACGGGACGAGGAGAGGGGGAGGGGUUUCACGUAACCAUGUGAUCCACACAAACGUUUUUUUGCCAAAAGUUCUCUCGGAACAUUUCUCGUAACAUCUUUUGGAAAUGGAACGCUGGAUAUUUCGGUGGAUUACCGCUAGUCAAGUGUCUCUUAUCGCUGUAGGAUGAACGGACAUCACAUCCCCCGACAUACACGUAGCUUCACAUUUCAGAGGUUCGUCUCGAGCAUUUCCCAUUCCUGUUGGUUGUUA